GAUUUUCCGACCCACUACUUUUCCGGCUUUCCUAUUCAUUUCCGUUCAAGUAGCCGCAAUUGGAGCAUAAAACGGGGCAUUCUCUUCCCUGCCAUUCGACUCCUUGGCGCCAAGAAACAAUGACUCCUCGGUAUCCCUUCGCUUUGAUCCACGUUUUCCCAUUAAUUAAAUACUUGCAAAUCCAAUCGUUUGCUAAUCCAUAGCAUCUAUUUCGUGGUAUUGCCAAAGCCAGCUCAGCUUGUGGCUAAUUACAAGAAAAUUCGGUCAACCGCUGCCAGGAUGCAAGGAGUCUGCCUGAACCGCCUGUUGCUUUUGUUUCCUUUACUGGCGCAUGCGAUCUGCGAUUUCGAACUUUCAUUCAUAACCAACCAUCACCGAAUCAUUCGAAAUUGAAACCAUUUGCCAGACUUCGCCGGAGGAGCUACACCAGUCCCGAUGCGACUUUCAAUAACGACGGUUCGAGGACGGACACUGUGUUAUGGAAGCCUACACUUUGGGCCACAUAAAUAUGCCCGGUCAUGCCACAUAAAUCAGUGUCAUAAAUCUGUGCGUCUUGUGUACGGAGUUAUGUGUCAGUGUCCCGAAAAAAUCCAAGGCUACGCAUAGCCACAAAAUAUCCUAGAUUCUUAUCUGCGGAGCGCCAAAUAAAAACUAAUACGGGGAAAACAACUAAGAGCAGGGCAAAUUAAGUGUUUCGGCGGGAAGCCAGAUAAAGUGAAAGGCACGCUGCGCGCGAAAGUGUAGAACGUCAAGUGAAAGUGGCGGCUGCCGAUCCCUUAACAACACCCCCAAAGGAAAAACAUACUACUAUACAUACCCCUCCAAUCCCUUGACGUGUUUGGAAUGCUUAUCCUCGAGGCGUGAGCAUCUGAAAGAUGGCCAUCCUGGAGUCGUGUUGCUUUUGGAAGGAUGUGAGGAGUGGAAGCUUUGCCUGUGCCAUCUACACUCUGGUUUACUUCGGAUUCUCGACGCUGAUGUUUUUGUUCUACCUGCGCGAGGAGCAGGAGUUUCUACUGGGCCAGAGACCCCAGCCGAUGGGCGAGAGUCUGCUGGAGAAGGGUGACGUGACUGUAGUGACUGUGAUAUUCAACGUUUUGUUUCUCUUUUGCUCGAUGCUGAUGGUGCUGUCCUCGGUGCUCCUGAUUGUGGGUCUCCAGCAGAACAAACGACAAUUUCUGAUACCCUGGAUUUUCUUCAUGCUGAGCGACCUGCUUAUCGAAUGCUUCCACCUGCUCCACCUGACCCUAUCCCGCCGCGUCAUAUUCGAUCCGAUUGUCGGUUUCAUCUUCACCAUGGACUUUUUUAUCCUGUGCCUAAACCUCUACUGCUUACUAUGCGUGAUUUCGCAGUACCAGGAGUACCGAAGACACCGGGCGGAGUUGCAACAGGCGGCCAGUGCCCCGUCGCCUAUUGUGGUCUUCACAGCUGCCGAGAAACUAAGCAAGCCGGAGCAGCUCCAGAUGCAACAGCAGCUACAGGAGCAUCAGAACCAGAUAUUGCUGAACCAGCUGGAAGCCGGAUCCGGAAAUGGUAAACGGAAUUCCCGACGAAUGCUCGGAACAGGCAGUCCACUGAUCACCUCCCAGCGCCUCACCAACUUCUCCACCAUCACCGAGGAGGAGGAGCAACAUUCCCGGACAGGACACAUUCCGGAGCAAUCCAAUACUGAGCAACUGUCUCGAAUUCCAAUUAUAACCCAUGCAUCCAGUGAUGCAAGCACCAUUCGUCACUAAGCCAACGUGACAAGGAGAGAUUUAAGUCAACAGAGUCCACUUAU